GGCAGGUCUCCCAGCUCUGCAGGGUGAAGUGAGCAGAUCGGAUGCUGCUGUGUAUAGUGAUUGGGAUUGGAGCAGCCUGUGUCAGACCCGCUAGCCUGGCUCCGUUAGCUGGAUGCGGGGAUAUCCAUGGAGGAGACGGGGAAUGCAUGAGGCUGGGCAGACAGUCUUCAUAACAAUAGUUAGAUGGAUGUCAAUCCUGCUUCUCCUCGGAGUAUAGUCAGCCAAGAUGUCUUGAAACAGUUAACCUGACAGAAGCAACUAAAUAUCUCUUCUCAGAAGACGGCAACCCUGAUCCUCUUGUGUUUCAACUUGGAGGAAGAUUAUACUGGGCGCUAUGGAGUGCAAGUUGCAACAACACAGCAUGUUACCCGCUUGAAGCAUUUCUCCAUACAUCUCAUUCAAAGGCUAAUGAAAAUGGAAUUGUUUUAGUGGCAACAUUCUGCUCCUGCUGGUGCUGCUGCUUUGCAAGCAGCCUUACUACAUGACCACAUGACUCUGGAUAUGGACUCGGUCCUGUCAGACUUUGUUCGGUCUACAGGGGCUGAACCUGGUCUGGCAAGAGAUUUGCUGGAAGGAAAGAACUGGGAUCUGACAGCAGCUCUGAGUGACUAUGAGCAACUGCGACAGGUGCACACUGCAAACUUGCCUCAAGUAUUUAAUGAAGGGAAAUACUAUAAGCAGCCAGACAGAGAGAUCACCCAGCAUGUCAACAAGAUCGAGAGGCCAAACCUCCAAAGACAAGAAGACAUUGCUCAGGAGAAAAGAUUGUCCAGAGGCAUAUCUCAUGCCAGUUCAGCUAUUGUUUCCCUGGCUCGGCUGCAUGUGGCCAAUGAAUGCAGUAGUGAUCCGUUCCCUCUAGAGAUGCCCAUCUACACAUUCCAGCUACCAGACCUUAGUGUGUACAGCGAGGACUUCAGGGUCUUCAUCGAACGGGAUUUAAUUGAGCAGUCAACCAUGGUGGCUUUGGAGCAGGCAGGGAGGUUGAACUGGUGGUCUACAACAUGCUCAAGUUGCAAACGUCUUCUGCCAUUAGCUACAACGGGGGAUGGGAACUGCCUCUUACAUGCUGCUUCUUUGGGAAUGUGGGGAUUUCAUGACCGAGACCUCGUCCUUAGGAAAGCACUUUAUACCAUGAUGAGAAGUGGAGCAGAGAGGGAAGCACUGAAAAGGCGAUGGAGGUGGCAGCAAACGCAGCAGAACAAGGAGUCUGGACUGGUAUAUACAGAGGAUGAGUGGGAGCGAGAAUGGAAUGAGUUGCUCAAGUUGGCCUCCAGUGAGCCUCGUACACACUUCAGCAAGAACGGAGGGUCUGGUGGUGGAGUGGACAAUGCAGAAGACCCAGUGUAUGAAAGUUUAGAAGAGUUCCAUGUCUUUGUCCUGGCUCACGUAUUGAGACGACCUAUUGUUGUAGUUGCUGAUACAAUGCUUCGUGACUCAGGGGGAGAAGCUUUUGCACCUAUCCCAUUUGGCGGAAUUUACUUACCUCUGGAAGUGCCACCCAACAGAUGUCACUGCUCACCCCUGGUCCUUGCCUAUGACCAAGCCCAUUUCUCAGCACUGGUGUCCAUGGAGCAAAAAGAUCAACAGCGUGAACAAGGUGGGGUGACAGCGUUACAAGCUGUUAUCCCAUUAACAGACUCCGAACACAAGCUUUUACCCUUGCACUUUGCAGUUGAUCCUGGGAAGGACUGGGAGUGGGGAAAGGAUGAUAAUGAUAACAUCAAGCUGGCAAGUUUGAUUCUGUCCCUGGAGGCAAAGCUGAACCUUCUGCACAGCUACAUGAAUGUAACCUGGAUACGUAUACCCUCUGAGACACGGGCUCCUUUGGCCCAACCCGAAUCUCCAACAGCUUCUGCAGGAGAAGAUGUACAGUCACUUGCCGACUCCGUGGAGUCAGAUCGUGAGUCUGUCUGUAGUAAUUCCAAUAUCAACAAUGGGAAAAAUGGGAAAGAAAAAGAAAAGGACAAACAAAGGAAAGAGAAAGAAAAAAAUAGAACUGACUCUGUGGCAAACAAGCUUGGAAGCCUCAGCAAAACACUUGGCAUCAAGCUUAAAAAGAACAUGGGAGGUCUUGGAGGCCUAGUGCAUGGCAAAAUUAGUAGAGCUAAUUCAAGCAAUGGGAAAAAUGGGGACUCCUCCGAAAAAGUGAAGAAGUCGAAAUCUCGAAAAGGUAGCAAAGAGGAGUCUGGACAAUCUGCCAGCACAUCGCCUUCAGAGAAAACAACCCCAUCACCCACAGAUAAAGCUAGUAUAUCUCCCAUUGAUAAGUUGGCAAACAGAUCGUUAUUAGAUAAUAAAACGGACCCUUGGAAAUAUAGCACAGAUGUUAAACUCAGCCUUAAUAUUUUGAGAGCUGCCAUGCAGGGGGAGCGCAAGUUCAUCUUUGCAGGACUUCUUUUAACCAGUCACCGUCAUCAGUUUCAUGAGGAGAUGAUUGGUUUUUACUUAACCAGUGCCCAGGAACGGUUUAAUGCUGAGCAGGAACAGAAGAGAAAGGAAGCUGAAAAGAAAGCUCUCCUAAACGGGUCAUCCUGUAGAAAGCUGGAUCAGGAAGGAUUUGUGAAAGAGAAGUUGGAAACUUCCCCUCAGGAUAGGGCAUCACCAAUCUUGCCUCAAAGCCAUACCACGCAACUAGUUCUAAAACUGAAGGAUCGGUCCAGCCCGACUCCUGCUUCUUAUCCCUCACCCAGCAACGGUGCUAAGAAAUGUGGUUCCAUGCCAGUAUCUGCCCAUUAUAGCCAUACACCACCAGUCCAAAGGCAAAGUGUUAUCCAUUUACACGAUGUCAACUCCAAGUCAUCAAGCUUCCAAGAUGAUCCUUAUAAGCCAGUGGUUGGCUCCUUAAAAACUUGCGCAACGUAUCCCCAACAGAACCGUUCAUUGUCCUCGCAGAGCUAUAGCCCUGCUCGGUUAUCAGGCAUACGCACAGUGAACACAGUGGAAUCCCUCUCGUAUGAGAAACCCACGGAGCAUAAAUCUCAGACAUACACAAAUGGGUUUAACUCUGGCGAUAUUAGAGACUGCUUAGAAUAUGCUGACGAGGAGUCUCCUCAGACAUGGUUAAACAAUGACAAAAACAGUAGAGGCAGGAGCACAGGCUGCCCCAUUUAUUCGCUGCACCAGAGCAGGUGUAAGAAAGAGAACUGCUCUUUCUACGGACGUCCUGAGACUGAAAAUUUCUGUUCUUACUGCUACAAAGAGGAGCUAAAGAGACGUGAUCGGGAAAGUAAAGUGCACCGGCACUGAAUUCAUUUUAAAAGAUCCAGACCGCUUAGAAGUAUCUUUUUGUUUGUUUUUUUUGUUUGUUUUUUAAAUGCAAAAAUUAAGUACUAAAAUCACUUUAAUUGCAAUGGAACAAAAUAGCCAAAAUUGGAGAGAGCAAGGAAGAUGUGAUAGUGUUGCUUGCUGUUAUACAGGCCAAGCUUUAAUUAGAAUGCCAGGAUGAAAAGGGAUAAAUAACCUUUGUUAGAUUCUUGUCUGUAGUCAUAUUCAUAUGUUAAGCUAAACAAUUAGUCAUGUCACAGUCUGCGUUGUGUAUGAUGCUCAUUAAUUACUAAGGUGCCUGAUUUCUUGUGUUACAUUUGUUUUUUGUUUUUUUCUAUCACUCAGGUAAGUAGGAAGGGUCAUUUAGUACAGACAUGUCGCCUACACACUGCAGAAGCAGCCAAACCAAUAUAAAUACUAUCCAUUGACUAGGAGCUAGUGACAUCACAGGGGUCUACGCCACAAAGUUCCCGAAGCCUCAGUGAUAUCGUAAGUUCCAGUUUAUAGGUUCCGUAUGGUUUUGCUGUGUGUAAAUGACAGGUCCACUUUUAAAACAGUAUGACUUAAUAUCAGUUUUGGUUCUGUAUAACCAAAGCAUCUAUUUGUUUAAUGCACUAUUGCUUUCAUACUUGUUUUGAUUCCUUAUAUAAGAAAUGUAUACGUUUGUAGAGUCUAUCAUUUCAUUUCAUGUACAUUUUACAGAAAUGUCCUAUACAGUACAUGGUAAACGUCUUAGACAAGUAUAGAAUGUCUGCAUUGUAGAUUGGCUUCUAAAGCUAUAACCAUUCUAGACCAGAAUUGUAUUUAGAUUCCUGUUCCGAUUCUGAUGAAAGGGUGGUGUAUUAUAGGGGAAGUGGGGGUAACGGAUGUGUUGUAUGCUAUUCUUGUUGAUAUAAUAGCUCACACGUUGAUUUGCUGUGUUCACCGUUGCUGGCACAAGGUUCAUCAGUUUCACCAUAAAAUAAUUUGUUUGUUUAAAGCAAGAAGAAUAAUGAUGUUCUCUUCUAAUUGCAAACUGCACCCAAAACUCUAAAGUGUGGGUGUAAUUAAGACCUUAUACUUAGUUAGUGUUACCAAAUGCAAGGUAUAAGCGCAUGUGGGUAUAAUUAAUUUGGAAACAAUAGCUUCAGUGUCAGCCCCAUGUACAUACAUUGGCAUUUGCCACCAGUGGGUAUGAGGAGUGUAUAGGUACAAACUGGCACUUGGUGGAUCUAAAUGCUAAUGAGAAGGGCAGGGGCUUUGUACACUCUCAGCAAAGAACUGUAGAAUAAGACUGGAGAUUGUCUACUGGGACAUUUACACCUAUUGUGUAACCCACUAACAUGCCAGAUCCACCAAUUGCUGGUAAAUACAACUUUAUGUGAGAUCACCUAAUGGCAUCCAAAACUAGCUCUUCUGUUUCGGCUUGGGGAAAGCUAGCCUGUAAUUAUUUGCUUUAGGGAGGCAGCAUUCCUUACUGUGUGGCAGGAAAUGUACUGGGCAGGUUUGGUGCAGAAGGUCAUGAGAUCUGGAUUCUGUGCUUCAUAGGUCAAUCUUUCUACUGGAAGUGAGUUGUUCCCCAAACACAUUGUAAAACACAAAUCUGAUCUUACUAAAGAUCUCUCACUCUAUUACAUUGUUAGAUUAGGCCAACAUCAAAUACUGUUUAUAGCUAUUAAAUUCUCCAUAUGCCAGUGAGUAUGUAUAUUCUUAUUUAAUGAAGAUUUUCCUAAUUUC